AACGGGCCCGGGGACGGGCGGGGCCGCCAUGGGCCGGGCCGGGCCGGGGCCCCGCAGCCCCCGCAGGCCCCGCGACUCCUCCGCACCGGCCCCGGGGCCUCCUGCUGCAGCUGCUGCAGCUGCUGCAGCUGCUGCUGCUGCUGCUCCUGCUCCUCCUCCGGGCCGCCGCCGGUCCCGGGGCCUGGGCCUGGCCGUGCUGGCCGCCGUGCUGGCCGCCCUGCUGGCCGCCGCCGCCCACGAGGCCUCCCGGCGGGACCGAGCCGCCGGCCUGCAGGAGGCUGCGCUCAGAUCCCUGGGCCCCGAUGGCCUCUUCCUGUUCUCCUCGCUGGACUCCGACAAGGACAUGACCCUCAGCCCCGAGGAGUUCAAGCCCAUCGCCGAGAAGCUGAUCGGCCGGGUGCCGGCCGGGGGCUCCGGAGAGGAGGAUGAGGCGGCGGAAGACGACCCCGGCGGGGAGACGUUGUCCGUCGAGGCCAGGUUCCGGCCACUGGUCUUGGAGUCGAUGACCAAGAGCAGAGACGGCUUCUUGGGGGUCUCCCACCUGGCCCUCAAAGGCCUGCGCAACUGGACGGCCCCCGCCUCGCCCCUGGGCCAGUUCGCCGCCCGGCACUUCGAGGCCUUCCUGCCCCCGGAGGACCGGCCGGAGCUGGGCCGGCCCUGGUGGAUCGUCCCCAGCGAGCUGACCGUCUUCACCGGCUACCUGUCCAACGACCGCUUCUACCCCCCGGCGCCCAGGGGCAGGGAGGUCAUCCUCCAUCGCCUCCUGAGCAUGUUCCACCCGCGGCCCUUUGUGAAGACUCGGUUCGCCCCGCAAGGGGCUGUGGCCUGCCUCUCCGCCAUCAGCGACUUCUACUACACUGUCGUGUUCCGGAUCCACGCCGAGUUCCAGCUGAACGAGCCGCCCGACUUCCCCUUCUGGUUCUCGCCGGGCCAGUUCGCCGGCCACGUGGUGCUGAGCCGGGACGCCUCCCACGUCCGCGAGUUCAAGCUCUUCGUCCCCAACCACAGGUCUCUGAACGUGGACAUGGAGUGGCUCUACGGGGCCGACCAGCACAGCAACAUGGAGGUGGACAUUGGCUACCUCCCUCAGAUGGAGCUGGAGGCCCUGGGCCCCUCGGUGCCAGCCACCAUCCAGGACGAGUCCGGCCACACGGUGGAAAGCCGCCCGUCCUCGGGGGAACCCGUCCAGUUUGUGUUUGAGGAGAUCGAGUGGCAGCGGACGCUGAGCCGGGAGGAGGCCGCCCGGCGGCUGGAGGUGGCCAUGUACCCUUUCAAGAAGGUCACCUACCUGCCGUUCACCGAGGCUUUCGACCGGGCGAAAGCCGAGAAGAAGCUCGUGCACUCGGUCCUGCUGUGGGGAGCGCUGGAUGACCAGUCGUGCUGAGGUUCCGGGCGAACUCUCCGGGAGACCGUCCUGGAAAGUUCGCCCGUCCUCGCCCUCCUCAAUGAGAGCUUCGUCAGCACCUGGUCCCUGGUCAAGGAGCUGGAGGAGCUGCAGAGGCACCCCGAGAACGAGGCCCACCGGGAGCUGGCGGCCCGGCACCUGGAGAAGUACGGCUUCCCCGUGGAGAUGCUCAUCUGCCUCGCCAACGGCACCGUGGUCCACCACAUGAACGCCAACCACUUCCUGGACAUCACGUCCCUGCGGCCCGAGGCCGGGGAGGGCGCCGCCUUCGGCUUCGCGGCCGCCUUCGAAGACCCGGCCGCGGCCACCUACGCCCAGUUCCUGCGAGAGGGGCUGCGGCGGGCUGGCCCCUUCCUCCAGCCCUAAACCCGCCCCGAGGCCCAGCGGGGGCGGAACCGCCGGGCGGGCGGAGGGCCGACGUGACCCGGGAGGCCCCCCUUCCCCUCGGCCAGCCGACCUUUGUGACGGUCGGAUCCGAAAUCCCGGAGGGAUCCGGCCUGAUGUCGGGACGGCUGGCUCUCGACGGGGAAGGGCUUCCCUGCUCCUCUCCCUCGGAAGGAGCGUGUCCACGCGCGAGGAGCCCGGGCCUGGGAGUCAGAGGACGCGGGUUCCCAUUCGGCCGCUGACCCGGGCCUGCCGUGGGAUUUUGGACAAGUCGCUUCGCUACUCUGGACCUCGGUUUCCUCCUCUGUAAAAUGGGGAUUCAGUACCUACUCUCCCUCCCCCCUACCUAGACCGUGAGCCCCCCGUGGGACAGGGACCGUGUCCGACCUGACCAUCCAGCGUGUACCCCGGCACUUAGCACGGUGCCUGGAACGUAGUAAAUGCCCAACAGAUACCAUUAAAACGAAACGAAAGACGUCCGCCGGG